CCUGCGCGAGAGAGCCACAAAACAGCCGCCUCGCCGCCUCCUCCUCGCGCUAGCCAGGCAGGAACUGCAGCACAGCACGAGCCGAGCACAGCAGAGCAGAGCAGCAGAGCCGAGGCAACGGAGGAAGCCUCCUCGAGCCCAGCCCGGUUGGUUAGACUUAAGAACCUCAGAGUCUUUAGUCCAAUUAGCGCGAAGAGAGAGCUGCUCAAAUCCCUGCUGGUGUGUGUUAGCGUGAGUGUGUGAGUGUGUGUGUGCGCGGUUGAACCGUUGAGCUGACUUGGCCGACUCUCGGCUACAGCUACGACGAAACGGUGAAUCAACCAAGACGUUGCCUCCUUCUUCCACGAACCACCGCCGACUGCUGCCUGCCUGCGUGAGGAAGACAACCCCCUUCUCUUCUCUUCUCUUCUCUUCUCUUCUCCUCUCCUCUCGUUGAAACCUCCUCAGGAUGAAACAUGCCGUGUGUGAACUCUGUUCUGGGAGCCAGAUAGAUUCAGCCGCUAUAUAAUCUAGUCUACCGUAAGCCGUUUGUGUUGUUCAACGCCAACGCGUUUUCUUUGAGGUGGAAGGAGCCCAGUAGGCUUUAGAACUAACACACACACACACACACACACACACACACACACUCACAUCCUCUCGUGGACUAUUUCUGGAAUUCGAUCUUUAUCAUGGAGGAGAGCAACUACACCGAUGUCUUGCUCGUCACCGCCAACGUUGGCUCUCUAUUUGACAACGUGGGGGAGAUGGAGAAGGACUGGCUUAGAGAACUCUACACGGCUAUCCAGACCUACAGGCCGCGCUUCGUGGCGUUGCACUUCCAAGAGGUCGGAGGAAAAGAAUACCAGAGCAACAUGGAACACGCCGAGAACUUCUUCAGGAGUAUGGAGUCGUCUGAGGAGAUGAGGGAUUUCGACCGCGUGUGCACCUACGUAGACAGCCACUUCAAAUGUGUAGACAGCUUCACUGCUCUGGGCAGCAUGUAUUUCAUCCACAAGAGUUUGAAGAACAUCUACCAGUACGACUUCAACAGUCGUGACUUUAAGCCGGUGGCGGGCCACACUAAGUGUGUGGGGUCUCUGGAGGGAGUGACUACCGUGCAGAAGGAGAAAUUCCCAAAGAACUUCUGGCCAGACUUCAAGUGGUCCAGGAAAGGCUACAUGAGAACACGGUGGCUCAUUCAUAACCAGGGUAUGGACCUAGUGAAUGUUCACCUCUUCCACGACGCUUCAAACCUGAUCGCCUGCAACUCCAGCCCCUCAGUGUACUCAGGCAACCGCAAGAAGGCCCUGCGAUACGUCAUCAACAGGAUAUGUGACAGCAGUGACUCUCCCCAGCCCUACUUCCUGUUCGGGGAUUUCAACUUCCGAUUGGACACAUCCAGCCUGGUGCAGCAUCUGUCUAUCUCAGCGGACGUUCAGACGGUGAAGAAGGACAGUAGCAACGAGGUGGAGAGGAUCAUAUGCGAAGAGAAGGACAACGACCACAAGAUUCUUCUGCAGAUUGAGACCAAGCUGUUUGCCUACCUGCACCAGGCCGUCUUCAGAGAGGACAACGGGAAAGCGCUGCUGAAGUAUGAUAAGGAGAUGGAAGCCUUCAAAGACGUGAUGUCAGAAGAGGACAUCCCCUUCCCGCCCAGCUACCCCUACAGUGAAGACUACAGUGAGCCAACACAGUACAUGAACACGCGCUGCCCGGCCUGGUGUGACAGGAUCCUCUACUCACACACCGCACAGGAGAUCAUGCACAAGAGGCAGGAGGGAGAGCCGAAUGUGGUGUACAACACUCUGGGCCCGAACGUCUGCAUGGGAGACCACAAGCCUGUGUUCCUGUGUUUCCCCUUGAAGACAAAUGCACCUUGACUUGGAACACCACAUUCAACCUCGACAUGCCGAACACGCUCAGAGGAGACACACCAAGCACCAUCACAUGCAGUAUCACUCACACACACACACACACUCUCACACACACACGCACACGUGUUAGCAUUAUAAGAGUGGAAUUCUUUCUCACACUUCAUCUGUUUCAUUAUCAAAGGACUAAAGGCACACACACACACACACACACACACACACACACACACACACACACACACACACACACACACACACUGCAUAGCCAUCCAAGACAUGUGAUCACACACACACUCUCCCCUGUGCUGGAGCCCACUGCUGGAGCAGGUGGAGGUGUGUGUGUGUGUUUUCUGCAGCUGAGCUCCCGUUUCCAUGGAUACCCAACGACAACACACAUCGCUAUGGCAACAGCCGUUGCUGUGGAGGAUGCGGCAGGUUCCAGACUCCAUGGAGACACACACACACACACACACACACACACACACACACACACACACACACACACACACACACACACACACACACACACCUUCACCUCAUUGCUACAACACACAAGUGUUUACAUGCUAGUAUU